AUGAUUACUAUUUAUACAGUAGAUUCAUUUACACGUGAAUUAUUUAAAGGUAAUCCAGCUGGUGUUUGUACUUCAUUUCAAGAUGUAUCUUCAUCGACAAAUCUUGAUAUAUUCUUUCAAAAAAUUGCUACAGAAAUGAAUAUAUCGGAAACUGCGUUUAUAACAAAAGCAAACAAUUCACCAUCGAAUUCGCGUUAUUUUCUUCAAUGGUUUACACCAACCAAUGAAGUUGAUUUAUGUGGUCAUGCAACUUUAGCUACGGGUCAUAUACUUUUUGAGAAAAUAUUACAAAACUCUUCUGUUGAUGAAUUAGUGUUCGAAACAAAACGAGUUGGAGAAUUAAAAGUUAAAAAAUGUGAUAAUCAAGGUCGUUUACAACUUGAUUUUCCUAUGGGUGAUCCACAACCCAUUGAAAUUGAUAAUAAAAUAUUACAAGAAAUUAAAUCAAAAUUAAAUAUAACACAAAAUAUACAUGAUAUUCAAUUAUGUAAACUAACUAGAAAGCUUUUAAUUCAACUAUCUUCUUCAAUUGAUGAUACUAUAAAACCACAACAAAGUUUAACUGAAAUUAAAUUUCCUGAAACUAUUAGUGCAUUUAUACGUGGAAUUAUUCUUACAAGUAAAUCAACGACAACAACGUAUGAUUUUAUUUCUCGUUAUUUUGCUCCAUGGAAUGGUAUUCUUGAAGAUCCAGUGACUGGUAGUGCUCAUACAGUUCUUGCUGUCUAUUGGUCUCGAUUAUUAAACAAAACACUUUUGUAUGGUUAUCAGAAAAGUACUCGAGGUGGUGAUGUUGAAUGUGAAUUCGAUGAAAAAAAUCAACGUGUAUUUUUACGUGGUUAUGCUGUUACUGUAAUGCAAGGCCAUUUUCAAGUCCAACCAGAUACAUUGCAUUUCUAA